GUCGGUGGGCGGGACUUCCGCCCAGCCCGGCAGACAUGGACGACAGGGAGUACAGCCUGACGGCCGAGCAGCGCGCCGUCAAACGCAAGUACCCGCCCGUCACCAAGAAGUACGAGUAUUUGGAUCACACUGCUGAUGUUCAGUUGCACUCAUGGGGUGAUACAGUUGAAGAGGCUUUUGAACAGGCUGUAAUGGCCAUGUUUGGCUAUAUGACAGACAUAGAAACUGUGCAGCCCUUAACAACACUUGAAGUGAAGGCUGAAGGACAUGACAUGUUAUCUCUACUCUAUAAUUUCAUGGCUGAAUGGCUGUAUCAGUUCAGUGCAGAACUGUUUUUUAUUCCAAGGGAGAUGAAAGUGAUUCACUUGGACAGAAGUAAUUAUACAAUUCGAUCAAUAGGGUGGGGUGAAGAAUUUGAUAUAGCCAAACAUCCGCAGGGCACUGAAGUGAAAGCCAUCACAUACUCAGCUAUGCAGAUUCACGAGGACGAAUCUCCUCACAUUUUUGUCAUUAUAGAUAUUUGAUUUUUUAUUUCUGUUUGCACUAAUCUAAACUAUGUACAAAGUAUAUCUUUUUAAUGAUUGUUGGUGAUGGUACCUCUAAAAGUUGAAAGCGACAUUGGUGUACAGCAGUGUGCCAGUGUGAACAGUUCGAGGUGUACCCACACCUUGAUUUGUACACUAAAAGCAUUGAGUAUUUUGGUAUUGGUAAUAAUGUGUCAAAGUGUGCUAAAUAAUUGCUAAGAAAAUGGUCUUUAAUAUAUUAAAAUAUAUUCCUAUACUGAACUGGAUAAAGAAAUCUGAAUGUUUACAAGCCAGGGUAACAGAUGAUUGCAACGAUGAGGCGGUAAAUUAGAAAUGAGUGUGCUGUGCUGUAGGGUAUAUCCCCAUCUACUUGGAAUAAUUCUCAUUUAGUAGAUUGAUCUACUAUGGAUGAUGUACCUUUGAAUUUCACAUUUCUUUUACCAAAUUCUCGCCCUUCUGGAACAUUUCUUUUGUCUUUGGACAAGGUUACUCAUCCACGUGUUGUGGCGGUCCCUGGGGGUUAGGCUACUCCUUGGGUCAUCCCCCUCGGCCCUUGAGAGACAGGGACGAUUGUCUGCCCAUGGGGUUUUCCCGCUAGCUGCUCCAAGGCCGUUCUGUGUGUUUGCCAUGAUUCAUUAAACGCCUUCUGAACCUGCCUGGCGUCUGGCCUUUUCCUGACCUCGUCCAGGCCUCUACAAUGUUCAGCGAACAUUGUGGUUACUGGUGACCUUUUUCAGUACUGGAGAAAUUGUUUUUUUGGGGUAUUAUUUUUUUAUAUGUAUAUAUCAGACAUGAAACCUCGUGGAAGUGAAAUAUACCUGACAGAUGAAUGUGAACACAGCAAGCUGACCUUGUCACACAUGCUGUAGAUGGAGUGGUCUACCUGUUGAAUGAUGUGGUGUCUCUAUGAAUUAAUGAUAUUGAGGAUUUAGGAUAAAAUGUGAAUAACAAUCACGUGUACAGGAGGGAGGGAAACCAUGAAGCCAACACUGAAAGCUCCCCACUGGUAAUGCACAAUGAUCUUUUACUCUACAAAUAAAUUAUUUGGAAAAUUGAGAGAGUUUGCUGGAAAUCUGAAAUAACAAAGCAGUCAGUAUAGGAUUACUUCCCCAUCAUCAACUGCUCCCGUUUCCAUUUCUCCCAGGCAUCUUAGAUCAUAAAGAACAGACAAUGUUUGAACAAUGCCAGUCUGAAGAUGGGUCCCGACCCAAAAUGUCAUCUGCCCUCUGUUAUAGCACAGACAUUGUGGGCUGAAGGGCCUGUUCCUGUACUGUAUGGUUCUAUAAAAUGCCUUGUCUAUUGGCUUGGCUGGAACCAGCAAAGGUUUUUAUUGGCAUGCAUGGUCUUGUAGCUCCAUGUCCAAGCAAAGCAAACUUCUUCCCAUCUGUAAAUUAUCCCCGGAGAAAUCCACGUUUGAGGGGAAUAUCAAAAGUAUCUUAAAUGCAUGUUGUUUUCCCCAUGAGCCAAGCCCAAAGCACUGGAGGAACUCAGCGGGUCAGGCAGCAUCUGUGAAGGGAAUGGACAAACGACAUUGUGGGUCGAGACUCUUCUCCAGACUUGUCCUUUCACUCCACAGAUGCUGCCUGCCUCACCUGCUGAGCUCCUCCUGCAUUUUUAUUUGUUCCAGAUUCCAACAUUUGCAGUUUUAUGUCUCUCUGCUUUCCUCCUGCCUUGAUCAUGCGAGGGCAUUGAUGCCAAUACUCCAUCCAAUCCCAGUAAACAACCAAUAUCAUCAAGGAACCACACCACCUAUCUGCAGCCUCCAGCUUCCAAGUGAUUUAAAUCUCUCCUUUUCACAACAGUUAUUUUCUGCUUCAGGGGAACUUCUGCUUUUGGUUGUGGCUUCAGCUUCACCUACACACUGUAAAGAUUGGACUUUUACUGUCAGAUGUAUCUUGAUUGUGAAUUAUUUGAAGUAUUCUUAAUUUUUACUCUGAUCAAGUUUUUAAGUACAAUAAAGUUAUCACAAAAUGUCUUUGUUUCAUAAA